AUCAAAACAAUUUGGCACUUUCUUCAGUUCUGGUUCAUAUCAAGAGCAUGAAAAGGGAAAUUACCUUCAAAAUUUCGUAAAUGUGAUUUUGUAAUAUAGAUGUCGUAGAAAUGAGGUUGUCAGUAAUUUUACUUUUCUUUUUGGACUUUUUAAUGGUUUAUUCUGAACCAAUAUACUUCAUAACAGCUCCAAGUGUGUUCAGACUGGAUGCUCCAGAGACGGUGUCUGUCAGUAUUUCUGGUAUAGACAUUAUCUCAAUCCAGCUCUACAUACAGGACCAUCCUGCCAAACAAAAGAUAUUGUAUGAGAGGACUGUCACAAUCUCAUCUGGUGAAGUGAAGAACACAACGUUUACACUACAAGCAUCAGAUCUUCAGGACACGGAUGGCAAUACCAUACAAUAUGUGUCACUUGUAGCCAAGUCUACAAAUGGGAGAUUUAUAUUUGAGAAAGAGAAAGUGAUUCUUUUGUCUAGACAGAGUGGAUAUAUUUUUAUACAGACAGACAAACCUGUGUAUACACCUAACCAGGAAGUAAGGAUAAGAGUUAUUCCAUUGGAUGAGGUGAGACGACCAUCAACUGUACCCGUACAUAUUGAUAUCAAGAAUCCACAAGGAGUUAUAGUCCAAAGGAAGAAUGCCUCGUAUCAUGGCAGUUUUAUAACAGACAGAUUUCAUCUACCGUCACGCCCAUUCUAUGGUAACAACUGGACUGUCGAGGCUAGGUUCACUAAUGGGCUUGAAACAGAAACAGUAGUUACCUUUGAAGUAAAAGAGUAUGUUUUACCAAAGUUCAGUAUAACUCUGCAGUCAGAACCAGACAUUAUUCUCCCAACAACAGAGACUAUAAGAAUAAAUGUUUCAGCUAAUUAUUUUCAUGGAAAAGCAAUAGAUGGUACAUGUGUAUUAUCAUAUGGAAUUAUUACAGAUGGACAACAUAAAAUCAGUGAUGUUGAUCUUAAACAGCAGAUGACGGUAGGAUCAACAGAUUUUGAAAUAAGUACUAAUACAUUGGAAGAGAGAUUUCCAUCAUACUGGUUCCCAGAUGGUGCAAGACUAUAUCUAGAGGUUACCAUACUAGAUAAGGGAACAGGAAGAAGGGAACAAGUGUCUGACAAGAAAACUGUGUUCUCUAACCAUCCAUACAAAAUAUCUGUAGAAAAAUCACAGAAAUACUUCAAACCUGGAAUUCCCUAUGACUUGGUAAUUGACACUUUCUAUGCCAAUGGAAAACCAGCACCAAACUGUCCACUUAGUAUAUAUUGUGGAAAGAGAACAAUUCAUGGCAGUGUAAUACCUUUAAGAAGAAGUAAUUUAGAAACAGAUGAGACUGGACGACUCAUUAAAUCUGUUAAUAUUGAAAACAUAGAUACAAGCUUAUCAUGUACAAUAAAAACAGAUGCAGAUAGAAAUAACUAUGCUAAUACAGUACAGUCAGAGGUCACAUUUGCUGUGGCAGCCAUGCAAUCAUCAUCUAACAGAUUUAUCAGAGUCAAACCUACAUUGAAUGAUGGGAGAUUAACUGCUGAAAUUUCAACCAGAAGAUUAAGAUCAACUGAGUUUUACCACCUGCUGAUUUCAGGUGGUAGAAUUUUAUCAGUUUUACAGUCUAGGGGAAGUAACUCUUUCUUACAAACUAUCAACAGUGACAUGGCACCUAACAUGCGUAUUGUGACUUAUGCCUUUAAUCAGAGAUUGAGAGGAUCUACAGAAGUAGCAGCUGAUUCUGCUGUAAUUGAAGUUGUUUCUUCUUGUAAUCAUCAAGAGCUUGAGGUAAUGGUGCCAAACACAGAAAUUAGUCCAAAGUCUGUGCUGACGAUUAAUGUCACUGGACCACCGCUCAGUAAAGUGGGCUUUAUGGCCAUAGACAAAGCUGUGUAUCAAAUUAGUGAUAAAAAUAGACUGAAGAAAGAAAAGAUGUUUUCAUCCUUUAGUGAUCAUGAUCUUGGUUGCAGUGUAGGUGGAGGAAUUAAUGUCAACAAAGUGUUUGAGGAUGCUGGUUUAUCAGUUCUUACCAAUGCAGAUGUUCAAACAAGUCAACGAGACAGUGUUCAAUGUCCUACAACUGGUCGAAGAAAAAGAUCCAUAAAUCCAAGUGAAGAGACAAACCCAUGUUGUCAAGCUGGAAGAAGAUUUGCUUUCCAGUAUGGCCAGACCCAUUUUAUAGCUGCCAGUGAUUGUUACACAGAAGGACAGAAAGUUCACAAUCUAAUAAAAAGUUCUAGAUGUGCCAAAGCUUUCUAUAGAUGUUGUAAAUCAUAUGAAGAGAGACUAAGUAAUCCUGAACAUAUGAUAUCACAUGCAAUGUUGGAAAAUAGAGGAGACUUUUUCGACUUUGACAGAACAGUAGUUAUAUCUCAGGAUGAAGAAUAUACAUUCAGAGAUAUAAAUAUGAUGGCAGAAGAUGUUCCAAUUAGAUCGUUCUUCCCAGAAUCUUGGAUGUUUGAAGAAAGUUCAUUGGAUGCGAGUGGUGCUUUAAUCAGAUCUGUUAUUAUGCCAGAUUCUACUACAACUCACGUUCUGCAAGCUGUCAGUCUGUCCCCUCUUUAUGGCAUGUGUGUUGCACAAUCUGUUGAUGUUAUUAGUACCAAGGAUUUCUUUGUUGACCUUGACCUUCCUUACAGUGUUGUCAGAAUGGAACAAACAGAAAUUAGAGCUACACUUCACAACUAUAGAUCUAGAAAACUACCGUGUCAUGUACGUCUGCAAAACACAGAGGGUGUGUGUUCUACAGAGCAGGAUACUAUUCGUAUUGAGAUAGAGCCUAACAGUGUUCAGCUUGUCAGAUUUCCUAUAGUGCCUAUGAGAGCUGGAGAAUUUAUCAUUGAUGUCAUAGUUCUAUGUUAUAAUGUAGGAGACAGAGUAAAGAAAACUUUAAGAGUUGUGAAUGAAGGAAGAGAAGAAAAGAAAACAGUAUCAUUUUGGCUUGACCCUAAAGGUCAAAGGAAACACUAUCAUGAUGAAUCAGAUCUUACUGUUCAAGUAUCACACCCUUUCCACCAUCUUGAUACACAGGUUACAACAGUAGACCUUACCUUGCCAGAAGAAGCUAUCCCAGGCACAGGACAGUGUAAAGUGUCAGCCAUAGGUAACAUUAUGGAUGCCGCCGUACAGACUGUAUUAGGAGGUGUAGGGACACUGCUGGACAAUAUACCCCAUGGAUGUGGAGAACAGACCAUGAUCCUGAUGGCACCUCUAGUCUAUGCUAUGAGAUAUCUUCAUGGUACCACUGGAUUGACACCACAAGCUGAGAACAGAGGCAAAUUCUUCAUGAAAGUAGGGUACCAGAGAGAGUUGGCUUUCAGGAAACAAGAUGGUUCUUUUUCUGUUUGGCAACACAGACCUUCAAGUACAUGGUUAACAGCUUUUGUAUUGAAAGUGUUUUGUCAAGCUAAAACCUACAUUGAUAUAGACCAGAAUAUUAUCUGUACAGGGAUGCAAUGGCUCUUUACAAAACAAAACGCAAAUGGAUCAUUUACUGAAUCAUCUCCAGUUUAUCACAAAGAAAUAAUGGGUGGUAUAAAUGGAGAGACAUCCCUAACAGCUUUUGUAUUGAUAUCUCUGUUGGAAUGUGAUUGUAGAUUACAGGGAACGAGUGAUAACAUCAGAAGAGCUGUAGAUUUUCUAGAAAACCAGUUUUUAAGUACCCACCAUCCAUAUUCUCUGUCAAUAGCAGCAUAUGCUUUAGCUUUAGCCAAUAGUAAUAGGAAGUUCAGGGUUAAUACAAAACUAAAACGAUAUUCAAAGUUUGUUAAUUUCCCUGGAGAGAGAAGAAAAGGUUACAGAUAUUGGCCAAUAGAAUUUUAUGAUUAUCGUAAUCAGACAGAUAUUCCUUAUUGGUACAGAAAGAACCCCUCAGCAGUAUCCAUAGAAACAACAGCAUAUGCUCUGCUCACUCAGCUAGAACUAGAUAAGAUUAUAUACAGCCAUAACAUUGUUGAAUGGUUGGUUGAACAACAGCAAGCUUCUGGAGCUUUUGUAUCAACACAGGAUACCAUAGUAGGACUACAGGCCCUGUCCAUGUAUAAUGUUAGAACAUAUGCAGAAGAUGUGAACAUGAGGUGUACUAUAACUUCAGGACACAAUAGCACAUUUAGAGAACACCUCAAUUUGCAGGAACGUGAAUCUAUGGUUGAGAAAUCUGUUCAUGAUAUCCCUGCCACUGGAAAAUUACAUGUGACAACACAUGGAAGAGGUGUGGCUCGUAUGGAGGUAGAAUUCCGUUAUAAUGUCAAUGACACAGAGAGAACUGGAUGUAAAUUCGACAUCAAUAUAGAAAUUGAUGAUAUUGAUGUAGACAUACUACAGGAAAAACAGUCACAGAGAGACCAACACUGCGAUGUUUGUGGUAAAUGUGAGGACAUUGAUUAUGAUGUGGUACUAGACAGAUACAAUGUCCCAGAUCCUGACCCAAGAAUCGGUUUCUCUAACCAGAAUGUGAAUCCACCUCCAGAUCGUGUUCAAGGACCACGGCCACCCUUAGGUCCUAGUGGGCCUGACCUAUUAAAUGUUGAUUUGUCUGGUGAAGUGGAUAUUGAAACAUCAAGAGGGCGAAGUGGUAGAGGGCAGAGUGGCAGAGGGCGGAGUGGUAGAAGGAGAAGUAGUGGUAGAGGGAGAAUCAGUGGUAGAAGGAACAACAGGAGAAGAACAGGCAGGUCUGCCCGUCGCCGUGGUGCCAGUAGGCAACAGAAGUGUAUGGAAAUUUGUGUUUCGUACAUAGGAAAUGAAAUUUUAGACAUGCCAGUGAUAGAUGUUGGACUACCUACAGGAUAUGUUGUUGAAGAAGAGGACUUGAAAAAGGUGACAGAAGAAGAUUUCAUCGACAGUUAUGAUGUGUCUAAGAGAGCUAUAACAUUUUACUUACAAAAGAUACCACAGGAUGAAAUAUGUUUCAAGUUACGAAUGAUAAUGGACUUUGAGGUAGAAAAUCUUCAGUCAGCAAAAGUAGAAGUUUAUGAUUAUUCAAAGAAAGAUGAGAGAUGUGUGAAGUUUUAUAGUCUACAGUACGAAGUUGCAGAAUUGGAUGUUUUCUGUAGUAAAGAGAAUUGUCAUUGUGUUGAAGGUGAAUGUGCAGAAAUUUGGGACAACAAACUGAAAGGUUCAUUGAUAGAUGCUGCAGCAGUGUAUGAAAUGACUUGUCAUGGAUAUGAUUAUGUGUUAAGGAUAAAAGUGAAUGGAGCCAGGAUUGCUGGGAAUCACAUUGUCAUUUCUACUGUUAUUCAAUCAGUCAUAAAUACAGUUCCAGACAGAUCAGAUUUAACAGUAGAUAGUGAGGUAGAUUUUUGGAUGAACCUAAGAUGUACUAUAGAGCUAUUAGAAAAUGGGCAUUACUACAUCAUAUAUGGUAAUGGUGGCUACCAGUAUAUUGAAGAAUCAGGAACAGAAAGGUACCGGUAUUACCUCCAGGGUGAUUCUAUCAUCAUGAAAGAUUACACCAGGGAUAUGUAUAAUCCAGAAGCUGUUGCCCACUUAAGUUAUUGGAAACGUUUCUUUACAAGGAUGGAGACACAUAUUAGAGUAAAUGGAUGCUGAUUUGUGAAUUAAUCAUCAUUUUACGAUGAACUUUUGUGCCAAAGUUCUAAUUUACAUUGUUUAUGUUUUGAUAUUAUAACUUUUUUCUUAAAACAUUGUAUUUUAUUGUUGAGAUUUCUGUUGUUAAUAAAUGUAUCACUGUU